AUGUGUAAGCGUCAACGACCAAUGGCAAAGUUUGAUGAAUUGUACUACAAAGGUGAAAGACUUGCUGAUGAGAAGUCAAUUGGAUUUUAUCAGGGGAAUUUUCAACUGGAGGAGAAUGCGAUAUUUGAAACCUGCAGUAAUCCGUUCUGGUGUGCAUGUAUGUAUGUGUGUAUUGAAGAUGCAGAGCAGGAAGCUGCAGCCAAACCCAACUGUAGAAACACUCAGAAUUGGACAAAGAAAACCAUCAUACACAGACGAGCUGCACUUGGUGUGCUCUUUAACAGUAACAAUAUGAACCAAAGACAACCAAAAGCUUUAGAAACAAUAGAUGAUCUACAAGGCUUUCUUGGUAGUCAUGGCAAGAAUGAACUCACUAUAAGUCGCUUCACUCGACUAAAACUGGAAAACUUUUAUAAAGAUAUGAUUUAUGAGCACAGACAUAAAAUAGAUCCUGUGGGUGCUUUUGUACAUAGCCAUGCUGUUAGGAUGGGAUAUCGCACAGAUGAAGAAGAUGAUAGCAUAGAAAGAUUUAUGGAGGAUGAUGGAGAUGACUGGGGAGUUGGUGGAAGAGGAAGAGGAGGCAGACAAGGUAGAGGAUGGAAUGUAGCUGAACAAGGUAGAGGAGUAGGAUGUGUGGCAGGACAGAGAAGAGCUCAGUUUGGGGGUGACAGACAUGAUGCAGGUAGGAGACUAGGAAGAGGGGAUGGAGAACAAUAUGGUAUUAACGAUGAAGGGUUUGGAUUCAGAGACUCUGGUGGUCUUAGUGAACAAUAUAGAGGUGGUCAUAAUACAGGGUAUGCUGCAAGACAUAGAAGGGGACAUAAAGGUAUACCAGAUAGAAGAGCACUAGAGCAUGGAGCUGGGCAUGAUGUUGAUGGUGGGCUUGGAAGUAGACGAGGUGUCAGAGGCAGAUGGCAUGAAGCCUACAGAAAUACACAAGCGUCUGUUGUAGUGUACGGAGAUGAACAUGGAGAAGGUUAUGAAGAAGACAGAACUGUACCAAUUGGUAAGGGUCAAGGGCAGACUAGAGGGGAAGAGAGAGGAAGACAAGGAAAUUAUAGAAGAGGGAAUGCAAAAGUUGGUGGAAGAGGCCGACAAGCAAUGUUCUGUGCUGACUGUGAUGGUUCAAUGGCGACUCUAUAUUGUACAGAUUGUGGUUCACCACUGUGUGAUAAUUGUUCACAAAGAAUUCAUCAAGGCGCUAUAGGAAGGAUGCAUAAUAUAACAGAUAUAUCAAAAGCUCCCAGAUCAAUUUCCUAUACUCCUAAGGCAUACAGAGCUCCAUUCGCAUUGUUGCUGGCAUUAUACUAUGGUGCUCAAGAACCUCAACCUUUACUUAGCAUGUCACCUGACCAAGUCAAACACAGAGCUCAGAUUUAUACAGAUACUGAUCUGUGGAACCGUUCUGCUGGGAAAAUGUUUGGUGGGUUUGAUAGUAUGGAUACUACAUUAGAAAAGAUAGGAUUUGUACAAAAAGAAGGUGCACAUAGUUCAAGGUAUGUACUGCAGGACAGUGGUAAGCCUAUAGCCCGCAGAUGUGCAGAGUUUCAUGAAUCGCUUGAGUUAUUAUGUGAAACACACGGAGUACCUAGAACACCUGAUCAGUUUAGAACUCGGUGUAGACAAGGUACUGUGUGUAUGAUUAUAGACAAUCGGGAACCGCUACGAGAUAGAUUGCUUGCUAUUGCACAGGAAAAUAACAUUCCUGCAAUUGUACGUGAGUUAGCAGUGGGAGAUUUCCUGUGGAUACUAUUACCAUCUGAUAUUAAUAUCUGUCGCUAUGAUGGAGAUUUACAGCAUAGAGAAAUGAUGAGUGGUCUACGUGAUUUGUUUUACCUUCUAGAAGGAUCUGUUCAUGAUAUGAAGAUACGUCCAACACCUGAAAAUCAGAUUUCACUUGAGAAUGAGUUACUUAGGUUAAAAGUAUGUGACAACUUUCUGGUGAAUUAUACCGGAUCUUGGCUGAAGACCGUUCAAUGGUUAUGUCAUUUAUCCACAAUGGUAGCACAAUACCAUGACAUUGGAGAAAACAGUAACUUGAUGACAUAUGAGGAAUUUGAUACUUUAUGUAAAGCCAAUCGUCAUUUACCCAUCCCUGAUAGGAAUAAUAACCUAAAUACUGGUGAGCAAUGUACAUGCAAAACUAUAUGA